AUGGGGGAGAAGAGACAGAGGGUGGAGGAUGGUGAUGUUGGUGGAUAUGUUGAAGAGAAGGAGGGGGAAAGAGAUCGAAGAGAGGGUGGUGAUGUUGGUGGCUGUCAAACAGAGGGUGUAGUGGCUAAGGUGAUAAGUGUUGCGCAGUCUCCCCUUCCUUAUUAG